CAUGAGCAAAGACCCACACGAUACUUUCAAAGGUGUAAGUGAGAACUUCUUUUUCAAUUUGGCUUACAGCAACCACUUGAAUUUAGAUGAAAGACCAAUGAUAAUCCAAAACAUAAAGGAAGAUGUAACUAAGGAUUAAAUCAUAGAGUUUUAUCAUAAUUUGGAAGAGUUAUUAGUUUAACAAUCAGACAAGCUAAAAAUCCAAGAUUUUAAUCUUAAUUAUGCUUCGUCCAUUAUUAAACAAUGGAAGAUUUAAAAAGAGCUCGUUACAACUUUAUGAUGAUAAGAAUGAAAAUACUAUUAAAAAAAGAAAAGAAAUCUUUAAGGAUGGCCAUGCUGUGGAAUCUUCAAAAAAAAACAAGUUG